CUUAUCACUGAGUGUCGGCUACACAACACGACUGUGCACUGUGUUACAACUUAUGACUUGUCUGUCUGUUAUGAAUAUUGAUUUUCAAUUACAAAGAAUUCAGUGUAUCUUAUAAUAUCUAUACCUAACUAUUUGAUAAAUAUGUUCUCAGAGUUUUUUUUCAUUGUCUGUAAGUUAUGAAUAAUUUAAUAACUAGAUCGAUUUAAAGGAUAUUAGAACAGGAAAAAAUUUUGAGCUCAAAAAGUGUCAAUAAUUACAUAAUGUUUUUAACUCAUCCAUCUUUCAAAGUUCUUAGAACUCUUUAUGGACAGCAAAAACGAUUUCUUCAGGAAGUAAGGAGAAGCGAUGUUUUAAAAAGUGUUGGACUAGAGUUCUUGAAAGGUUCUCGACUAGGAAUAGCAGUGAUUAAUAUUAAUAAGCCAGAAUCAAAAAAUUCCUUAGAUAACGAGCUUGUAGACAAUUUUAUGUAUGCUAUUGACAAUGUGUGUUCUGAUAAAGACACAAGAGUUGUCAUUCUUAGAAGUUUGGUGCCCAAUGUUUUCUGCGCUGGUGCAAAUUUAAAAGAGCGUCUCAAAAUGUCUGAAUCUGAUGUUUAUGAUUUUAUCUCCAAAUUGCAGACUUUUACAACAAGGCUCGCCGAUGUGCCGGUGCCUGUUAUCGCUGCAAUGGAUGGCGUCGCUCUGGGAGGUGGAUUUGAAAUUUCGCUGGCCUGUGAUGUGAGAAUUGCUGCUCAAAAUGUGAAAUUGGGACUGGUUGAAACGAAGCUUGGCAUUAUUCCGGGAGCAGGUGGAACCCAGAGGUUGGCGCGUUUGGUGGGAGCGUCACUGGCCAAGGAACUAGUUUUUACUGGUCGAAUAAUAAACAGUGAGACUGCUUGCGAAAAGGGUAUUGUUAACCAUGUUGUGCCUCAGAAUGACCAAGGUAACGCCGCCUAUUGCAAAGCUGUGCAAGUGGCUGAAGAAAUCUUACCCAACGGUCCCCUGGCUGUGCGUAUGGCGAAGAUUGCAAUCGAUAUGGGGUCUGCGGUUGAUAUCAGAACAGGAUGUAUGAUUGAAGAGAGGUGCUACGGUCGACUUGUACCUACUCAAGACAGACUUGAGGGUUUGCUGGCAUUCAGUGAAAAAAGAAAACCCACUUACAACGGGGAAUAGCUACAAAAUUCAAAUUAUCAAUUCCCUAAAGUGAGCUGUUUUCAUUUUUUAUCUGUUUCUCAAAUAUCUCCAUUAAAAU